AUGGCAUGGUUUUGGUGGGGAGCAGAUGAGAAUCAAAGGAAAAUACAUUGGACCAAUUGGAAUGCACUUACUGAGGUUAAAGGAAAGGGAGGUUUAGGCUUUCGAGAUCUAGAAAUGUUCAACACAGCUUUGCUAGCAAAACAACUCUGGAGAAUCAUUGUUAUGCCUAACAGGCUUGUUAGUAGAGUUAUGAGAGCUAAAUAUAUGAAAAGAGAAUUGGACUGGAUGAGGCAAGCCCCUACUUCAGCAUCAUACCUAUGGAAGAGUCUUCUGAGUGCCAGAUUCCUAUUGAUAAAUGGAAUAAGAAAACUAGUUGGGGAUGGAAGUACCAUCAAGGUGUGGCAAGACAGAUGGAUACCAGGUUCAAGAGAUGGUAGAGUGGAAAAAGAUAGAGCAGCAUUGGGAAGCAUCCAAUAUGUCAAAGACCUGAUUAAACAAGAACAAACAGGGAAGGGGAACAACAUAUGCAAAAGCUGUGGGAAUGGGAUUGAAACUAUUGAGCAUCUGUUCUUUGAUUGUGAAUAUGCAAAGAAGAUCUGGAAACUCAGUCCAAUCAACUGGGAUGGAUUAAUAGAUCUGCAGGCUUGCUUUUGGAGAUGGUGGGAAGGUCUCUUAGAAGCAACUCAAAGAGUCAUUGGCAAGGAGCAUAUAACAUUAACAAUUAAUCUCCCCUGGCAAAUAUGGAAGGCAAGGAACCAGAUUGCUUUCAAUAACGUAAAAGGGGAGGAAAUUUCAGUGGUAAGGAAAGCUCAACGAGAAUGGAUGGAAUUCAAAGAAGCUGUGGAACUAGAAAGUAGAGCUAGCAUUGAUGAAGCGACUCCAGAUCAGUAUGAUAGACGAUGGAAACCUCCAAUGAAAGGUGUGUACAAGAUAAACACUGAUGCUGCAAUCUUAGCACAGUCAAUCAGAACGGGUAAAGGAAUUGUGGCUAGGAACUGGAAAUGA